AUGGCAAACCUUCCCAACCUACGGCGCCUCUUUGUUGAAGCUAGAUCUGAGGCGGAGGAGAAUGAAUACUCCCGAACUGCUUUCUAUAACCUCGUUCUUUUCUUAUCCUCCGUCGCCGUUUUUAGCCUUGCUGCCCAACGCAUGAGUGGGUCGAAACUGGGGAAAUGA